AUGGCGGGGACGAUGCCACCUUUUGCUGGGGUUGAGGGUAAGGGCUUGGCAUCGGUGGGAGUCAAGGCCAAGACGGGCCGGAAGCACAAGGUCAAGGCCAAGAGCUCGGGGAAGGCCAAGAGCUCGGGGAAGACCAAGAGCUCGAGGAAUGGGAAGGCCAAGGGCAAGGGCACGAAGAAGAAGAUGUACGACUCGUUCUUUGUAGAUGGGCGCGAGAUUGCAGUCGGCGAGCAUGUGGCGUUUGAGAUCGAGGACAAGGCGUACUCUGUGGGGAGAGUGCUCAAGGUGUGGCGGCUGCGCGGGCGGGCGCGGCGGAAGGGCGUGCAAACGCUGGCGUCGGGGCGGAGGCGGACGACGGCGCCGGGCGUGGGUGGCCUCGGCCCGGAUCAUAUCACACUCGAACUGCUGCUGCGGCCGGCCGAGGUUGCCCCGCAGUGCGGCUUGUCCCCAGACUUUGUCUCCAAGCACCCACAUGAGGUGGUAGCGACGUCAAUGCGCAAGUCGGUGCCCAUCGAAGCACUGGCGAGCUCGAUGACCAAGGUUACGGUCUCGUUUGUCCCGCCGGGCGCGCCGCUCCCUGAAGGCCUCUCACCGCGUUCGCUCUUCUACUCGCAGUUCUUUGCCCACGAAUCCGGCGCGCUGCGGCCUUACCACCUUGUCAUGCCAGACGCGGCGCCGCUGGAGGCGCUCGGGGAUACAGAGGCGUUGGAGCCAUUGGAAGCGGGCUCCGACUCUGGAGCUGGCUCGUCGAGCUCGUCGCCGCGCCCGCUUCCAGUCAAGGCGUCGCCGCGAAUGGUCAAAACUGCAGCCACAGCGUCGCCGUCGACGCCGACAAAUGUGAUGGAGCGGGCGUCGCCGUCGAUCACGCCGCCGUCACCGCCCGAGUCGUCGUUGCACCCGCCGCGGGCGCGUGAGCGGCGGCAUGUGCGGCGGGCGAUUGUGUUCAGCCCGACUGCUGCGCUAGAGCAGCAGCAGCCGCAGCCGGAGCAGCCUGGGCCUGUGACUGCCACUUCUCCGCUGCUCCCGCGCCCACGGGCACUGCCGACGCCGCGGUCGGCGCUCAAGCGGCGACGCGAGCUGGUGGUGCGGCGGGCGGACGAGAGACUCGGCUCUCGCCCGCUGUCGCGGCGGGGAUCAGGGUCGGUGUCCAAGCGCGCUGCACGCAUCAUGGCAGCGGCACUGGCAGUGUCAGGCAAGCUGCCGCUCGAGCCGGCUGCUCAGGCUGGACCUGCGGCAAAGAAGGCGAAAACCCUUGCGGGCAAUGCAGUGCCCGCCGCUGCCGCUGAAGCAGCCCCUGAGACCGCCGCGCCAGCGCCGGCCCCCGCUGCGCCGGCCCCCGCGCCUGCGCCUGUCACUGCCGAGCCGGCACUGGUGCUCGAGAUCGAGACCGCCGAACCCGCUACUUUGACCCUGUCGCAGCCGAUGGAGCUCGGCGAUGCGAACGCCGCGGCAAUGCCAAAGCCCGAGGCCAGGCCUGAGUCCAACACGGCGGGCCUGCACAAGUCGCGCAAGCCCUCAGAGCAAGAGGCAUCGCCCACCAGCAAGCUCCUUCUUCAGCUCUCAGCCGAGUCGCAAGCUGGUGCUGCUGACGGCAAGGAUGAGUGCACCAUCAUGUAA